AUGAGUAAUCCAACUGGAGAUUGUGCACAAUCCUCCCAAGAAGAAGACCGUGAAGGUGAGUAUCUCUGCCUGAAGAUUAAAGCCCAGUUGGAGGAUUUGUUCUCCGACAGCCACCUGGCACAGGACGGCUUCCUGCUAAAACAUGUGCAGAGGAGCAAGCAGGGCUACGUCAGCCUAAAGCUCCUCACUUGUUUGAAAAAGAUUAAGGUCCUGACCACAGACUGGUACAUGACUCUAGCCGGAGCAGAGUACUCGGAGCUUCUGGAGGUGAAUGAUGUAUGCACCAAAGUGAGGCGGAAAAAGCCGCUUCCCACAUGGCUGCUGUGUUCCCCCACCAGCAAGCUUCUCCUCGCUUGGAACAUUUCUGAGGAGAAAACUGGAGGAGACGGAGUAGCCCGAGGCCCCGAGCACCCUUCACUCUCAGAGAGGAUCUUCAAAAAGUUCAGCACUCAUGGCACCGUUAAUUCAGUGUGGAUACUGCAUCCUGACGAAGAGCUUCCCAAGGAGCUGCAGACCUACGCUAAGCGGCACAAAGAGCUCGGCCUUCAUUUGUGUGCAGUAGUGAAGUUUGCACAACUGGAGGCGGUUCGUAACGCGUACAGUCUUCUUAAAGACGAGUCUGACGGGGAGGGCAUGCAUGUAGUACCGCUGGGAUUCCUGAUGCACCACCCCACCAAAGAGGAAAACAACCACGACCAUCCUGGAGAAGAAAAUCCACUGGAAAUCUCUCAGGAGUCAGUCCAAGAAGAACCCUCUUCACCAGUGGAAGUUUCCACUGAGAGUCUAAACACAUCUCAACCCCAGGAGUCCCAGAGUAACUCCAUGCAGAAGACCUUGGAGCUGCUAUCCAGCAGCAGGAAAGUCCAGCCCUUCUGUGGUUUAAAUCAGAGGUGCAGUACGAUGAGCUGGUGCUCUGGAGACUAUGAUAGGGGUAAUUCCCAGAGCCCGUGGGUGCUGAGGCGCAAAUUUGCAGCCAGUGCAUUAAACCCCAAGGUGGCUGGGGACCUGAAUGAGUCGAGAUUCAUGCAAAGAGUGACGCGUCAGCCCCUCGGUCCUGACGGAACCAAGGGCUUUCUGUUCAGAUGAAAACUAAGAAGGAAGCCAGACUGUCCCUUGGAUGAAGUAAUACUGACUUUGCUGUGUAACAGUGGCAGAUCUGCAGGAGCAAGUACUCACACAAAAAACAAUAUCUGAUGAAAAAAUAAACUAUUUUUGCCUAAAAUUAGAAAUACUAGUUGAGUUUUAGUAUCUGUACUGUUGAGAGACAGAGGGGGGAUUGUAGCUUUAAACCACGGACAGAUGGGGGCAGCAUUUAGCCGUGUUCACAUCUGAUAUUUUAAACACAUCCUACUUGUAGAGCUGUAGUGGCGCAGGAAGCAAAUGCCUAUAAUACAUAGAUUAAACACAUAUCAGGUCGAGAUACGAAUAUCUGCACAAAUUGUGUUUUUCAAGCAAUGAAGUAAAAGCGUUUAAGAAUCAAACACACAUCUUUUUUGAUAUAUAAGUGGCCUCUGCACCCCUGGAGCCUCAGCCUGUCUGGUCCCAGCUGCAAAUUGCCAUGUAUAUUUGUUCUUGGGCCAAGAUGGAUGUACCUUGUUACCUUUUUUUUUUUUUUUUUUUUUUUUAGAGAAAGAGGUGUUUUCUUUCAACAGGAAACACAUUUAGAAAAAGCACUCAUUGUCCAACUGCAUCUUUUUCACAAAUGCCUGUUUAGGUUUCGGUGCCCUAAAAAGUAGUUUUCCACCGACUGAGAUGACAUUUGGCUGACGGAUACUUGUCCAAUCAUCAAACCACAUCUUGUGCAAGACGCGGGUAGAAGCAACAGUUAUGCCUUAGUUCCAGCCUUUCUAAUGACACCUCGACUGGAAUGGUAUGUUUAUAGUGUUACUGAUUGAGGGCUUCCUUAAAAUCUUGCCCGAACCUAAACAAAAUGUGUUUCUUCACUCAUCCACACCCAGUGGAAAAGAUUCAAUCUGAUGUGUA